AUGGACGACGUCCCGGAGCUGGUGAACAUCUCCAUCUCGUUGUGGAUCCAACCCAACGACGGCGAUGUUUUCUUCAAGGUGGACGGAAGCCGAUUCGGACAAACCCGAACCGUCAAGCUGCUCACGGGUUCCAAAUACAAAAUACAAGUGCUCGUCAAGCCCGGAACCGUCGAGGCCACAAACAUGAACAUUGGUGGCGUGGUGUUUCCUCUGGAGGAGCAGUCGCGAGAUGCCGAUCAGGUCGUCUAUCAUGGACGCUACGACACCGAGGGAGUCCCGCACACUAAAAGUGGAGACCGGCAGCCAGUAGAAGUCAGCAUCCAGUUUCAGCGCGCGGGCACCUUUGAGACGGUCUGGCAGGCCAAGUACUACAACUACUACAAGCGCGAGCACUGCCAGUUUGGUAACAAGUUCAGCAGCAUCGAGUAUGAGUGCAAACCCAACGAGACUCGCACCCUCAUGUGGAUCAACAAGGAAGCCUUCAACUGA